AUGGCUCCUAAGAACGAAAACGUUACCCUUGGUCUCCAAGCUCGUGAAGGUGAGCUUGUUUUUGGCGUUGCCAGAAUCUUUGCUUCCUUCAACGAUACCUUUGUUCACGUCACCGAUCUUUCCGGCCGUGAGACCAUCUCCCGUGUUACUGGUGGUAUGAAGGUCAAGGCUGACCACGAUGAGUCUUCUCCUUACGCUGCCAUGUUGGCUGCUCAAGACGUUGCCGCCAGAUGCAAGGAGGUUGGCAUCACUGCUCUUCACUUCAAGAUCCGUGCUACCGGUGGUACCGGUACCAAGACUCCUGGUCCUGGUGCUCAGUCUGCUCUCCGCGCUCUUGCCCGUUCCGGUAUCAAGAUUGGCCGCAUUGAGGACGUUACCCCUGUUCCCUCUGACUCUACCCGCAGAAAGGGUGGUAGACGUGGUCGCAGACUUUAA